ACAACCCCGAUGCCUACAACCGAAGUCACCACAGCUGUAACAACUCCAAAGCCUACAACUGAAGUCACCACAGCUGUAACAACUCCUAUGCCUACAACUGAAGUCACCACAGCUGAAACAACUCCCAUGCCUACAACUGAAGUCACCACAGCUGAAACAACUCCUAUGCCUACAACUGAAGUCACCACAGUUGAAACAACUCCAAUGCCUACAACUGAAGUCACCACGGCUGAAACAACUCCAAUGCCUACAACUGAGGUCACCACAGCUGUAACAACUCCUAUGCCUACAACAGAAGUCACCACAGCUGUAACAACUCCUAUGCCUACAACUGAAGUCACCACGGCUGUAACAACUCCUAUGCCUACAACAGAAGUCACCACAGCUGUAACAACUCCCAUGCCUACAACCGAAGUCACCACAGCUGUAACAACUCCUAUGCCUACAACUGAAGUCACCACAGCUGUAACAACUCCGAUGCCUACAACAGAGGUGAAUCCUACGACAAUCUCGGUCCAGUGCCCCGCACUAACUGCUCCAACGAACGGUAGCCUGAGUGCUACCGGUGAGAGUUCCUACUUAGAUGUGGUGACGUUCAGCUGUGACCAGGGGUACGAGUUGGACGGCAGUACCAGUGCUACCUGCCAGGGGGACGGGUCCUGGAAUGCCAGUGUUCCAGACUGUAACGCGGUCCAAUGCCCGGUUUUGUCGGCCCCUGCUAACGGGACAGUGAGUCCAACCGGAGCGGUCUCCUACCCAAACGGGGUCACCUUCACCUGUAACUCGGGAUACGUACUGAACGGCACCGCUGAUACAACGUGCCAAGCUAACGGAACGUGGAGUCAUCCUGUUCCAACAUGCACACCGGUCCAAUGUCCGGCUCGGGCGGCCCCAGCUAACGGAGCGGUGAGUGCUACCGGAGCGGUCUCCUACCCGAACUCGGUCACCUUCACCUGUAACUCGGGAUACAUACUGAACGGCGCUCCUAGGCCGACAUGCCAAGCUAACGGAACAUGGAGUCAUCCUGUUCCAACAUGCACACCGGUCCAAUGUCCGGCU